AUGUCGGUGGAGCGGACACCAACCGCGUCGUGGAUCGUCGCCGAGGUUGCAGUGCCGACGACCCGGUGGCACAAGCUCCUCGACGCCCUUGGCUUUCUCUACCUCCUCUGUGCCGUCGGUCUCGCGACGGGCGUGCUCACCAUCUACGGCGCAUACCUUGAAAACAAUCUGUUUUGGCCGUCGUUCCUGUCGUCGGGCAUGGCGAGCGCGGUCACGGACCUCUUCAACCUCGAGUUGGCCCGCACUUCGAGCGUCGCCAGCUUGGAUCUUACGUCGAUCGUGCUGCCCCAGCGCUACCCCCGCACCAGUGCGCUGCACAUAUCUGCGAGCUACGCCCGGGAGGUGCUGCUGACGGAGCGGACCGACGACCUCGCAGCCGCGAUCGUCAGUAUUCGCGAGCUCGCCCCGGCCGAAGUGACGUUUACGAUGACACAGUACUGCUGGGUAGAUCUCGACAAGCGAUGGGCGCUCGCGCACACCUUUCGCCGCCAAGCGCGGUGUGAAGCUCGGUACGGCACCAACGCCGCUGUGCACUUGGAAGCCUUUUUGCGCAACACGGAUUUGCCAGCGUGGCUCGUUUUGUACGAGCAGUUCUUUGACGCCAUGAUUAUAGACGCAAUCUCGGUAACGCCAGCGGGGGCGUCGUGGCUGCCAUUGCUCGUCGCCGAGCCGUGGGCAUCAGUGAUUGACGAGACAAAGGUGUGGACGGACGCGGGCUGCUCCACGUUCACUCUUUGCUGGAGCAACCUCCGUCAAGUGGGCUUGGCCGAAACCAUCGGCGUUGUCAGCGCGGCGGGCGUGACCACGACACUCCACAUCAAGACGAUCGCACCUGUGAACCGGUACGCGCUGUGGUCGACGCUCUCCAUGUACGGGGCCUUUGAGAACGACAUGGGCAACUUCUACCUCGGCGUCAACGACAGCCUCGUGACCAACAGUCCGACCUUUUUCGGCCACACACUACCACAAGCCAUCGAAAUGUACAACGUUCCGUAUCCGCUCAAUGGAAUCAACCAAGCGCUCCAUGACCACCUCGGGUCCCUUGGGUCGGUUGAUCUUUGGAUGCUUCGCCCCCCGCCGAGUCUCUUAGCCUACGUCGCCGCCUUUCAGCACCAUCUCCAAAACGCAAAGCAAGCGUCUUCGGACGUAGCAACAGCCUUGGAUGCGUUCGAAACGACGGUCCUGCACCCGACGCCGCGCGCGUGGCAGUCAACCGACCUUGUCUUCCUCGGUGGCAACCCCAUGUGCGCCUUUGGGGCCCCCUACAGCUUUGUACAAGAGUCCUUUGGCUUUGAUGACACGUGUGCGACCCAGCGUCCGUGGACGAGUACGUGGACCAGCGCGUCGAUCCUCUUUGCCCUUUCCAUCGAGAGGAAUCAUGGGAUCGAUGUGGCGGCCAUCUGUCAUUCGUCGGGCUUGGUGCUCGCAGAAGCCGCCUCGUGUCAGCGCACCUUGUCGGUGGCAGUGGCCAUGUUCGACCGCUUACCACCCCUGGCGCCGUUCAAUGUCACGGGGAUGAUGGCGGACGUGGAAGCCCUAACCCUCUCGACAUUGCAGUUUGUUCAAAAUAUAUCUUCCAGUAGCAGCGCCGUCGACGUGCGCAGUCAGCUGUUGCUGCCGCACGACGCGCUUCACUGGCGUGUCUUUGGCUGGACGAGUCUGUUCGAGUGGGCGCUCGGGCAGCGCGAAGCGGUGGCGUUCGAAGGCGAUAUGCAGACAUUCCACCUUCUCUCGUACGCCUACACCCCGAUCGAUCAAUUUGCGAAUCCGCUCGACGUCGGGCAGAGCUUUGCGUUCUACAUUCACGGCGUUUGUGGCUACGUCACUCUCGCGUUGGUGGUCGUCGCCGCCAUUGUCGCACUUGCCAUGUGCCGACAAGCCACCGGCAGCCCGACGCCGACCGACUGGCUGCGCUGGCACCGCGUUGCCGGCACAACGUGGGUCGGGCGCCCGCUGCUCGUUGUGCGUGCCCUGGCUGCCACAGCGUGUCUCUCGACCGCGCCUGUCGGCCUCAAACCAGUGGUCGGCGGUGGCAGCACCUUUGUGUCGACGCCACGCACGCUGCUCGAGUCGAUGGUGCUCGCCGGAGAGUCGCUCUGGCUUGUGUACGUCUUGAACGAACUCGUGCUUUUUUGGACAAGCCGGCGCACACGUCAGUUGGCGCCAAUCGUGGCCACGCUCGUCUUUGGCGUUAGCGUCCUUCUUGACGCCAUCUGGCCACCGACCGUGUCGGCGUCGAUCCACCGCAACUGCCGAGCCUUGCACGUCGACCACGACCUUUUAUGUUCGAGCGGCGUUGUCACGAUUGGGUACAUCGAUCGACUCGCCGUGUACCUGGGUGUGCAGUGCCUUGGCGGUCUUGUGUGCACGGUUCUGUGUCUCCUCUGGCCGUCUCCGAGUGCAUCGGUCGUUGCUCCGUCGCUUUUACUGCCGGGCUAUGCAACUGUGUAUUUCUGCGACAGCAGUAGUAACAGCUACGAGUGGCGCAUGGACCGCGUGCGGGCCGCACUUAGCGGCCUCGUCCUGUUUACUUACAAUGGCACGCUGCAUGUGUUUGAUUAUACUCUCUGGCGCUGCCUCUCGGCGAGUGAACUUGGCAUGCGCGAAGCUGCGGUCGCGACGUUCUCGCUGCCCCAUACAGAGCACACCGUGCGUGGCGACAGCCCCGGCCUGGCGCACAUGCGUAGCGUCGCGAGCUUCCGCGGCAUGCGCGUGCUCAUCAAGACGCGCUGGUUCGUCCGCGGGUCGUGGGCCCUUCUCGGGUUGGCUCACGUCCCCGCGCGUGCUCGCGAAUGA